GCCCCAUUUGCAGGAGCAUAAUCACAACCAGAAUAAAGCUGUAUUCAUAGCCAUGAUCAACUGCUGCUAGUCUUGUAAAUAUCUUGAUGAAGCAGAAGACAUGGUUUUAAUGGAGAUGGAAGAUCUCUCUACUAUUACACAAGAUGGCCGAAUCUUGCAAAAAAGCUGCUGCGUGUGCUCUUCAAAUGAGGAUCUUUUGCUUCUCUGCACCACAGCAUCAUUUCAUUGAUUCAUACAUUCAUGCAUCAAUGCCUUCACCUACAAGAGAUGUUGGUGAUUUUCUGAUAAGGGAGGUCGAGCUCACGCACGACCCUGACGAUCAGCAGCAGCUCGAUUCCGAGCUGCUGCUGAAUCUAGCAGAGGCUAUUUUCAAUUGCACUGCAGAGAAUCCAACCGAUCUUGAUCAAGAAAUCGACACUGAUCCAUCACUUGCUCGCACCAUAUACAAGAUCUCAAACGAGAUGCUUGCUCGUUGCAACGGGGGCGAAAAUCUGCAUAGAAACACACUAGAAGUCCUUGAAAUGCUAGGCCCUUUUAGAUGGGAUGCUAAAAUGGUGGUGGCUCUGGCAUCCUUCACGCGUAGCUAUGGCGUGUUCUGGCUCGUUCUGCAGCUGCAGUCGAAGAAUGCAUUAGCCCUCUCGCUUGCAGUGGUGAGACGAAUCCCUAGCACGGCCACGUUCUUGAAGAGGAGGUUUACGGCCUUGAAUCUUCUGGUUGGGACCAUUUUGAGGCUGGUGAGGCUGCUGAUCAGCUAUGAGUCCUUGUCCGUGAAGCACGAGCUGGUGGAUGAUCGGGAUAGGGAGAUCACGAGGUCGAGGAUCUGCUUGGCAAGCUACUGGAUGUGUAGAAGCUUACUGGUUUGCUCUUCACAGAUUGCAGAUUUGAGAAACUUUAGCAUUGAUGAGCGUUCAGACAGAAGUGUUGUUGCAGCGUGGGGGCUUUACAGUUUAGGCAACAAGUUGAGCUGUUUGUGCAGUGAUCUUGGAGAAUGCAUUGAGAAAUGCCAGCAGCAAAUAGAAACAAGGCUGUAUGAGAAGCUGCUUCAUGUGUUUAAGCAGAAGGGAGACGACAAUCAGAAGGCGCUGCGCGCCUUCUUCGCUUGGAAGGAUGAGUUUCCCUUCAAGAAUUCAUCAAAAGAGAAGAUUGGGAUUCUUGAACUGAAGGGUAAGACAGUUCUUGUCUUGAUCACAAAGCCUGAGCUGCUCCCUUUGGACAAGGCCUAUUUUCUAGUGCAACAAACAAGAAGUUUAGAGAACUGUGUUGUGUUGUGGGUGCCGGUGGGGUCCACGAGCGGGUGGAGCUCGGCUGCCAAGGCGAGCUUCGAGUUCUUCUCCAGCCGCGUGCCAUGGCUCUCUGUGGCAAGGCCGUGGUCGCUGCACCCUGCUGUGGUGGGCUUCAUCAGGCAGGAGUGGGGGUUCGGAGAUGACCCGGUUGUAGUCGUGUUGAACGAGGAUGGGCUCGUCUCCAACGCGAACGCGAUGGAUAUGGUGUGGAUAUGGGGGCCUAGAGCAUUUCCCUUCACAGAUUCAAGAGAGGGAGAGCUGUGGAAGGAAGCAAAUUGGACAGUAGGCCUCAUGGUUGAUGGGAUCAGCCCUUUGCUGUCUCAAUGGAUUGAGCAAGGCAGAGACCUCUGCAUCUAUGGGAGUGACAGCAUAGAUUGGAUCAGAAAAUUCAGCAGGAAGAUCAAGAAAAUACGCGGUUUAGGGUUCGAUCUUGAGGCAGUGUAUGUAGGGUGCAAGAAUCCUAGUGAAAGAAAUGUGAGGAGCAUCAUACACACCAUUGAUGAAGAGGAUUUGAGCAGUUCCAUCACCUUAAGCAGUGUGGAUUUCUUCUGGUUUAGGCUCGAGGCCUUAAAAAGAUCGAUAGGGCAGCAGCACGAGGUUGCAGCCCGGGCGGGGGAGCUGUUGGAUUCGGGGGGGAGAAACGGGUGGGGGGUGAUCGGGAGGGGGUCCUCGACAGACGUGGUGAUGCUCGAGCAAGGGGUGCUCGAGCAAGGGCUCGAGGCCCUGCAGACGUGGCGUGGGAAUGUGACGGAGACGGGCCUGGCGGGGGCCCUCCGGGCCGCCCUCGAGGCCCCGGUUGGUGGUGGGGGAUGCAGGCAUGAUGAGGUGGUGGAAUAUGAAGAAGGAUUGGCUGAGAAAAGGAAGAUUUGUGGCUCAUGCAGAGUUCCUAUGGAGAAGUUUGUUGUCUACAAAUGUGAGGCAUAGGCAUAGCAUAGAGAAUGUUUUUAUGUGUAUGAAUGUUUCUUUUUGAGACAAAUAACAUUAAAUGAAAGCUGCAUACGUUGGUGUUGUUGUUGGUGUUUUUCUUUUUCUUUUUAUUCCUUUUCUAAGUGUUGUUUGAGAGCUAAUUUUUGUUUAAUCUUCGAAAUGAAAGAUAACAUGCAUUUUGUGGCUUUAUUUACUU